GCCAUUACGAGAAAAGAAGCUGGAGGUUGCUCCCAAAGCUCGAUUCACGUGACUGGGGCAGGCCUGAGAUCCUUCAAUGCGAGACCUGCCCGUCUCGUUGCGAUCGUCCCGCGCCAACAGCCGGGCACAGCCACUGGCUACUGCUGUCUUUUUCUUUUUUUUCUCUCCCUUUUCUUUCUCUUCUUCUUUCUUCCUCAUCCAUACACAAUGCGAGCAUCGUCAACCGUCGUUGAACCGUCGUCGGAAAAUAUUCUCAGCUGCCAAGCUGCCAAGCUGCCAAGCUGACAGUCGAUCAUCUCUUGCAACCGCGGCCAUCUCGCAUCGCCAAGCAAAUGUGCCAAACUCUACUCGUGCCUGGCCUCACCUUAUCAAUGCCGACAGCCGCUCUCUGGGCUUGGCAUGGCUGGGCUUGGCAGAGCUUGGCCUCCUCGACGCGGACGACAAUGUGACUCGCGAUAGCGGCCCCGGACUGUCUACGUCCGCCGGCAAGCUUCAAGAUACAGCAGAGACAGCAGAUACAGCAGAGACCCAGAGCCCGCCCACCACACACCCCACGCCCCACGCCGCCAGCCCGCUUCGGCCAUGGCGCCCUCGCCCUUCGCCUGUCCCGCAGCUCUGAUUCUGAUCCUGGUCCAGGAACGGGCUAGACUAGGUCCGACCCGACGCCGCCACUCGGAGACAAAGACCGCUCUGGAAGGUGGCCGGCCAGCUGCCACAUGAGGCACGGAGGCGAUGGCGGCAAGCUCAGCUGGCACUGCAAUUUCGCUGGCAAUCGGAGUGCCUACAGCACCUGGAGGGAAAGCGAAGCGGCGCUCGAUCGAGGUGUGGGUGGCAGCGUCAAAAAGUCCUCAAAGUGUGCGAGUUCUGGACUGCCGUCGACAAACAGCCUGAACUCUCGACGCCUUUGCACGCGCCACACAUGCACAGGCCUCGAGAGCCAAUAAAGACCCUUACCGACCUCCCAAAAUGGGAAGCAAAAGGGUAAAUGGGCUGUUGGUUGCAGCCCUCUCUUG